GUUUUUGCCACACUUAACAUACCGAUUGUUCCCAGAUUGUUCCUAAAAGAAUCAAGCCACAUCACAUCCGUGAGGACCAACAGCAACAAAACAACUUGGCUUUUUAUCCAUAACUUGGUCUGAGAAGGUUUGCAGAUGCCAUCUGGAGUACCAAAGGGAGAGAACUGUCAAGUGGACAUGGACAGCAAGGCUGGAGAUCUGUUUACGGCUGAAGAUGCUCACCCAACUGGCACGGGUGGAGCUGGAAUCCUUUCAAAGCUCUGGCUCCCUAAAGGCUUCUCUGCCAGCAUGGCCAAGGAGUGGAUUGAUAGGCGCCGAUUGUCCAUUCGACCGUGGGCCAGUUUUGUGGACCAACGCAAGUUUUCAAAACCACGAAACUUCGGAGAUGCAUGCCAGAGAGUGGUGAAAAAUGUGGAAACUUACAACAGCAACUACACCUUCAUCUUCCUGGGUCUCAUCCUGUACUGCAUUAUAAGCUCCCCUAUGCUACUGAUUGCAUUGGCUGUGUUUCUUGGUGCCUUCUACAUAAUCCACCUGAAGUCUCAAGAGUCCAGACUGGUUGUUCUUGGCAAACAGCUUAAUGUCCCUCAUCAGAUGGGUCUCGCUGGAGCCUUGUCCCUGCCGGUGUUCUGGCUGGCUGGAGCUGGAGCUGCUGUGUUUUGGGUUCUUGGAGCAACACUGUUUGUGAUUGGCACACAUGCGGUUUUCCGUGAGCUGGAGGGAUCCGACAUGGAGGAGCUGCUCAUGGAGUCUGUGUAAAAGAAAAAAAAGAGGGUGAAACACUUUCCCAGGUGCUGGUCAAUGUUUGGGGGGUCCCUUUGACCCUACAACUGCAUCAGCCCUCAAGGGUUUAGGAGGGGGAAAGCUGCAAUGAAACUGAUUCCUUUUCUUUAUUUGUAUCUUAUAUUCCUGUUGUUUUACCUCCAGAUAUAGACACAAGAAUGCACCUCGUCCAGCCUCAUCGAUUACUGUUCUUAAUGGCAAACUCAUCAAUGCAGACCAAUUUUAUGUUUAACGUGCCUUAGAGCACAUCAUUUGACAGAUUCUAUGCCUUUCUGUGCAUGUUUGCUUCUUAUUUGUAUGAUUAUUCUGGCUCUUUGCAUUAUCUUUUAUCAAAAAUGACGUUACUUAUUAAUAGUGUGUCUGUGCUGCACUAUAGUGCAGAUUUAUUGGGAAAUAGAUUCUGCUUGACAACAACAGGUAUCUCGCAUUGAGAAAACAUUUACAUUUUUGUUUUUUUAAGAUGAAGUGCCAUUCAAAAGUUAUAGUGGGCCUAAUAACAUUGUACAAAAACUUGUAUUUAGAACAUUUUAAAAAAGGGCUUUUUAAGUUGGUGGUAAAACUUGUCAGAGAAGGUCAGUAUUUGCCUCUUACAUUUGGUAAAUAUUUUUUCGGUUCUAGUCUGAUGGUGUCCAAAUCAUGAAGCUUGUUUCUGAAAUUGUCUAUUUUGAUGUAACUGUUGUCUUUUGCUAAGAUUUGGAAGUGCAAUAAAAUGUGUUUAAAAAAAA